AAUAUACACACAGGCACACAAUAUAUAGAGAUAGUACAUACACACGCAAUAAGUGUGUGUGUUAAUAAUUAUCCAGUAAGCCAAAGCCACAACACAACCGAUUGAAGAAGACGAGCAGCGAGUACAAUUCAACAGUCGAGAUCAAUCAAAUGGCCUGAUUUACACACCAGCAAUCGUGAUUCGUGUCUAAUUAGAUUGAUAUACGUUUGUUUUGUGUGAUUGAUUGUAUGAUUAGAGUGUGUAAUCGUAGCGCUGGGGAGUGAAAUAGGUCACUGCGGUUGCGCCGAUUGGCUUUUCGAGUUUUUUAAAAUGGAUAUUGACUCUCCUCCUCCUGAACCUAAUUCUCUCUCUCCUCAAUUUCGUGUUGUCAGGAGGCUUGCUUUACAAGGAGUUCCCGAAGAAAACUUUGAGCAGCUUCAACCUGGCUUGGUUGCAUAUGUCAAGGAAAACAAGUUUCGUGUUCCAGAAUUAGUCUCAGCAAUUUUGCCAAGUGAUGAUGAGGCUCUGGAGACUGCUGCUGCAGAGGCUCAACAUGAGUCUACGAAAAAUCGGGGGGGACCAAGCCUUCAAGAUCAGUUCAGGGAAAGCAUGAUUUGGUUGCAGUGGUUGAUGUUUGAGAGCGAACCUGAUAUUGCAUUGAACUACUUGGCAGAAUUAAAUGUUGGUCAGCGGGGUGUCUGUGGAGCUGUCUGGGGGGACAAUGAUAUAGCAUAUCGUUGUAGGACAUGUGAGCAUGAUCCGACAUGUGCAAUUUGUGUUCCCUGUUUUCAGAAUGGUAACCACCAGGAUCAUGACUAUUCAAUUAUAUAUACUGGUGGUGGUUGUUGUGAUUGUGGAGAUGUGACUGCAUGGAAACGUGAUGGGUUUUGUUCUAAGCAUAAGGGUGCAGAAAAGAUACAGCCUCUUCCGCAGGAGUUUGCGGAUUCUGUAGGACCUGUUUUGGAGUCCCUACUUCUUUGUUGGAAAAAGAAACUACAAUUGGCAGAGAAUAUUUUUUUACAAAGUCCUAUUGCGACAGGGUAUACAAAGCUUACUGAUGAGCUAACAUGUGCAGUAGUGGAUAUGCUUUUGAAUUUUUGUCAGUUUAGUGAGAGCUUGCUCUGUUUUGUUUCUAGUAGAGUGUACUCUUUGGACAAUUUAUUGGAUAUAUUGGUUAGGGCAGAGCGGUUCUUGGGUGAUGCUGCUGUUAAGAAGCUCCACAAUUUACUUCUGAAACUGUUGGGUGAACCUUUGUUCAAAUAUGAGUUUGCGAAAGUUUUUCUAAGUUAUUAUCCUACUGUUGUGAAUGAAGCAGUAAAAGAGUGUAAUGAUAAAAUUCUAAAAAAGUAUCCACUGUUGUCCACAUUUUCGGUCCAAAUAUUCACCGUGCCUACUUUAACCCCUAGACUCGUGAAGGAAGUGAAUCUCUUGUCCAUAUUACUGGAAUGCUUAGGUGAAAUUUUUUGUUUCUGUGAAGGAGAUGAUUUUCGCCUGCAGGUCUCUACAUGGGGAAAUCUGUAUGAAAUAACACUUCGUGUAGUGGAAGACAUUAGAUUUGUCAUGAGUCACUCUGUUGUGCCAAAGUACGUGGCCCGUGAUCGACAUGAUAUCUCUAGAACCUGGAUGAAACUCUUGGCUUUUGUACAAGGAAUGAGCCCUGAAAAGAGAGAGACUGGUAUACAUAUAGAAGAAGAAAACGAUAGUAUGCAUUUGCCAUUUGUUUUGGGCCACUCUAUCGCCAAUAUUCAUUCUUUAUUAGUUGCUGGGGCUUUUUCGGAUAGUAGCAUAGAGGAUGCGGAUUGUGAACUUUUUUGUGAUACAUAUUCACAAGAUUUUGAUGAUCAAGAUAGCCAAAGACAUGCUAAAGUAGGAAGGUUAUCGCAAGAAAGCAAUGUUAGUAGUGUAUCAGGUAGGAGCAGUACAGCGGACUAUGCACAUAAGACUGCUGAGAUUACGUCUGAUAUAUUUCCAGUUCCAACAUCUGCUUCUUUGUUAUUAUUUGAGUGUCUUCGAGCUAUUGAGCAUUGGUUGGUUGUUGAUAAUACGUCGAGUCCUUUUCUUAAUGUCUUGUCUCCGAAGAUCACCAGUAAUUCUGGCAAAAAAUUCUUUGCAUUGAAGAGGACAUUAUCUAAAAUUAAGAAGGGCAAACUUAGGCCAAACCAUACUCAUUUUCCUACAGGUAAUGACACAAGCACCAGCAAUGUUCAAAGUAAACAAAAUUCUUUACGAAGUGAUUGUAUAAAUGGUCUUAAUUUGGAAAGUGCAGUAGGCAUGGAACAAGAAACUGGGUCCACAAGUGUUGGUGAUAAUGCACUAGAAGGGGAGUAUAUGAAUGAAGCUUUUCGUGCUCUGAGUUUGUCGGAUUGGCCUGAUAUAUCUUAUGAUGUUAGCUCACAGGAAAUUUCUCUUCACAUUCCAUUACACAGAUUGCUGUCAUUAAUAUUACAGAUAACUUUUAGAAGAUGUUAUGGAGAUAAAUCCCCUCAUGCGAUCACUGCUGGUCCUGAUCAAUUAUCAGUUAUCCAUCACGAUUUCUUUGGUCAUGUUCUAGGAGGGUGCCAUCCUUAUGGGUUUUCUGCAUUUGUCAUGGAGCAUCCACUACGAAUUAGGGUAUUCUGUGCUGAGGUUCAUGCUGGUAUGUGGCGAAAGAAUGGGGAUGCUGCCAUUUUAUCAUGCGAGUGGUAUCGUUCUGUUCGCUGGUCUGAGCAGGGCCUUGAGCUUGAUCUAUUUCUGCUUCAGUGCUGUGCCGCAUUAGCUCCAUCAGAUCUGUAUGUCAAUAGAAUUAUUGACCGAUUUGGACUUUCAAGUUAUCUAUCCUUGGAUCUUGAACGUUCUAGCGAGUACGAACCGGUUUUGAUGCAAGAAAUGCUCUCCCUUAUCAUACAAAUAGUCAAAGAAAGACGUUUUUGUGGAUUAACCCCUGCUGAAUGUUUGCAACGUGAGUUAAUAUACAAGUUAUCCACAGGAGAUUCAACACAUAGUCAGUUGGUGAAAUCUCUCCCACGUGAUCUUUCCAAAAUUGGCACUCUACAGGAGAUAUUGGAUAAAGUAGCAGUCUACUCAAAUCCAUCUGGAAUAAAUCAGGGUAUGUAUAAACUGCGAUUGGCAUACUAUAAGGAAUUGGACUUGUAUCAUCCUCGUUGGACCUCAAGGGACUUGCAAAUUGCAGAAGAAAGAUACUUGCGCUUUUGUAAUGUGUCUGCAUUGGCAACUCAGCUUCCCAAAUGGACAAAUAUCUACAACCCCCUUAAUGGCCUUGCUCGAAUUGCUACUAGUAAGCCGGUUCUUGAGCUUGUCCGUGCAACACUAUAUUAUGCUGUAUUUACCGAUAAGUCAACUAUAUCACGGGCUCCUGACGGCGUCCUUGUAAUUGCGCUGCACUUACUUUCUCUGGCAAUAGACAUUUGUUAUAUGUGGAAAGAAUCUGGUGAAUGGUCAAAUUCUAGUGCUGAUUCAGUCCCCAUUUUAGCCUUUGCGGGUGAAGAAAUAAAAACAGGAACUAGCACCGGAUGUAAUGGGCACAGUCUUUUGUCGCUUCUUGUUUCAUUGAUGAAAAUUCAUAGAUUAGAAAAUCCAGAAAAUUUGGCGGAAGCUGGCAGUCUGAACCUAUCCUCUUUGAUAGAUAACUUGCUCAAAAAGUUUGCCGAGCUUGAUCAUGGAUGCAUGACCAGACUGCAAAGGUUUGCACCUGAAGUAGUUAAUAAACUGUUGCAAGCUAAGUCGAAUAGUGACAAAAGUAUUACAGCUUUAGACAGUGAGAGCGACAAGCGCAAGGCAAAAGCUCGAGAGAGGCAAGCUGCUGUAUUGGAAAAAAUGAGAGCCCAACAGUCUAAAUUUAUGGCAAGUGUUAAAUCUUCUACAGAUGAAGGUUUGGAUGCUAGUAAGGUGGUUCAGGAAGUAUCUUCUUCUGAUGGUGGACCUGAGUUGGAAGAUGCUGAACAAGUCAUAUGCUCUCUUUGCCAUGAUCCUAAAUCUAAAAGCCCUUUAUCUUUCUUAAUUCUUCUCCAGAAAUCCAGACUUCUUGGUUUAGUUGACAGAGGCCCCCCAUCAUGGGAUCUGUUGGAGAAGAAAUGUGUUGCUACCAGCAUACAUACAACGAGUACUUCAUCCCCAAGGAGCAAUGUGUCUACCAGUUCAGAACUUUCCUCUUCUCAGUUAACGCAUUUAAUUCAGAAUGCGGUUAACGAAUUUGCUUCUCAUGGGCAGCCCAGGGAAGUCAAUGCUUUCCUAGAGUUCGUCAGGUCUCGGUUUCCAGCAACAAAUAUUCAACUUCCUGACUCACUGGAUGUUAGAAGGGAAGGGGAUUUACUUUCUCUUGAGUCAUUGGAGGAACGUAUGUAUGUUUUAAUCAGGGGUGCAAUGCAUGAUAAUUUGAUGCACUCAGAUUUAGUGGAUAAGAUGGGGAGCAGUGCUGCAAGGGAUGAUGUUAUGACAAGAAAUGAGGAAGCGAAAACUCUUCUGCUUGGGAAAUACAUUGCUGCGUUUUCAAAAGAAUCACUAGAUAACCCUUCACCCUCAGGCAGUACGAGUUCUCAUAAUAAGAAGCCACAGUCAAAAUCGACAACGGCUUCUCAAGCAUAUGAUGGAUUCAGCCCCUCAGAUUGCGACGGAAUAUAUCUUUCUUCCUGUGGACAUGCUGUACAUCAAGCAUGUCUUGAUCGAUACUUAUCUUCUCUGAAGGAUAGAUAUAUUCGAAGAAUUGUCUUUGAAGGAGGGCAUAUUGUGGAUCCUGAUCAGGGAGAAUUUUUAUGCCCAGUAUGUCGUGGACUUGCAAAUUCCGUCUUGCCAGCAUUACCAGGAGAUUCAGAGAAGCUUUGCAGGCUUCCAAUUGCACCAGCUCGUGAUCUAUCAGAUUCGGCAGUUUCGAUCACUCCAUGUAAUGCAGGGGUUCAUUCCCUUCAUCUUCAACAAGCCUCAGCUCUUUUGCUAAGUGCAGCUAAAAUCUCUGGGAAUGAUGAAAUUAUAAAGGCCACCCCAAUGCAACAUAAUGGAAGGAUACGACCAGACCCUGAAAGUAUAUUCCGCGUACUCUGUGGAAUGUAUUUUCCUGGGAAGGAUAAGAUUGUCAGUUCUGGUCGAGUAAGCCAAUCGAUGAUUAUGUGGGACACACUUAAGUACUCCAUCAUGUCAACUGAAAUUGCAGCUCGCUCUUGCCGAACUUCAUUGUUACCGGAGUAUAGUCAGACUGCUUUACUGAAGGAACUUAAAUCUUCUAGUGGGUUUAUAUUAUCCUUGUUGCUUAAAAAUGUUCAGAACACGAGAACAAAGGAUGCCUUGAGUUUCCUUUUGAGGUUAAAAGGCAUUAAGCUCUUUGCUGAAUCUAUAUGCUCGGGGUUUUCUGUUGAGAAGUUUCCUAGUCACCCAUGCAGACAAGGAGGUAAUAUGCUGUGCAUCUUGGAGAAUGCGGAAACAGAAUUAAGAUAUCCUGACAUUCAGUUCUGGGCACGGGCAUCUGAUCCUAUUCUUGCACGUGAUGCUUUCUCAUCGCUGAUGUGGGUUCUAUUUUGUCUUCCAUGGCCAACCUUAGUCUGUGAGGAAUCCUUCUUGUCUCUAGUUCAUAUCUUCUAUGCCGUAACCAUCACUCAGGCUAUCCUUACAUAUCGCGGGAAAAGGCAGUGCAGUAUAACUGAAUUGGGAUAUCAUGAUUGUCUGGUUUCUGAUAUCUACAAAUUCAUGGAGGAAUCUGGAGUACCUCAGCAGUACUUUGUUUCCAACUAUACAGACACUUAUUCUGAUAUUAAGGAUUAUAUACGCAGCCUCAGCUUUCCAUAUCUGCGAAGAUGUGCAUUGCUUUGGAAAGUUAUCCAUUCUUCAAUGCCAGUGCCAUUCAGUCAUGGAGCUCAUGUGUCGGAAAGUUCAUCCAAUGCUACUGAUGUUACUCUGGGAUAUGAAACUAAUUGUAGUCGGGAGGAAUUGACCGAGGUUGAGGAGCUAGAAAAAAUGUUUAAAAUUUCACCUAUGCACUUUGUUCUUAGAGAUGAAGUAUUGCGUUCUUUGGCUUCUAAAUGGCUACGUCAUUUUUCCCAAGAGUGUAAAGUACGCUCUCUCCAAUGUACUACGAAGUUAACCCCCACAGUUCCAUAUAAGUUGAUGCUUUUGCCUCAUCUUUACCAAGAUCUGUUACAAAGGUACAUAAAGCAGACCUGCUCUCUCUGCGGAAAGGUUCCAGAUGAUCCUGCUUUGUGCCUGCUAUGUGGAGACUUGUGCUCACCUAACUGGAGACCAUGCUGCAAAAAAAGUGGAUGUCAAGCUCAUGCCAUGAUAUGUGGUGCGGGGACUGGAGUGUUUUUGUUGAUCAGGAAAACCACAAUUUUGCUACAAAGAUCAGCACGUCAGGCUCCAUGGCCGUCUCCUUAUCUGGACAUGUAUGGUGAAGAGGAUAUUGAAAUGCAUAGGGGCAAGCCACUGUAUUUAAAUCAGGAACGCUAUGCGGCUCUUACUUAUAUGGUUGCGUCGCAUGGCCUUGAUCGAAGUUCAAAGGUUCUACGGCAAACAACCGUAGGCGGAUUUUUCAUGCUUUAGCUUGAAUACAUGUAAAAGAUGGAGUAGUGGAUCUCUGAUGGGGCUGGAUUAUGAUACAGACAACAUCAGAGGGCGAAGGAAAAAACUAAUGAUGUCUACUUCAUUGAAUUUCUUAUGUUUUAUCUCAAAGCAUGGGUUUCAUAUCUCGGACGGACAGUACCACAGGUCAUGAAGUUGGCACAUGUUUUGGAGGUGAUCCCUGACUUGCUGUCUGAGAGGGGGUUUCAUUGGCAAGACAAGUUAUUUCCUUUAAUUUAGCUACAGGUUAUGAGAAUACUUGGAUGUACAGUAUCGUUCUAUUGUGCAGAAAAAGUUUAGUGGCACACUUGUGCUUGUUGCAAAUAGUAGAUAUGUAUUUUAAGGUGUGAUUGCUUGUGGUGCAGUUUUGAAGUGUAUUUGGACUUUUUCCCUGCACUUGCAUGCUUGUAUGUUCAACUUUAACAAUUAUGAUAGUGCAAGGCAAAAAAAAAGAAGAAAAAGGGGUCGAACAUCUAGAAUGUAAAGAUUAGAAUAACGUGGGAUGAAUUUGCUUAUACAUAUUACAUCAAGUUUAUCCUA